AUUCCAGAUUGAAUACUAGGAUCGAUUCCUAUUAUCUCUAAUUUGCACCGUUGUUCGUAAGACGAAGCUUUUGUGGUUGAAUGUUGAAAAACAUUUGUCUUGUAAUCCGCUAGUUUAUGCUUUUUUAGAAAGGUCAUGGCCAUACUAUAAAGCUGGAAGAAAUAUCUAUGGAGCAUUAUUGACGAAUCUUAUGAACAAGUUUAAAAAAAUCAUCGGAGUAUUACAUCAUCCAGGAACUUCAAUAAAAUUCACAUAAUGUUGAAAACUCUCAGCUAUAAUCGUAAGGAAACAUCUUGCUAAAGGUUAGGAAAAUAGUAAAGUUUUCACUCUGAAUCUAGGAAAUAAUCUUAUAAAGAACAACGGAAUACAAUAUUUAGUAGUGUUCUGCCUUAUAUCAAUUUUACUUAUAUUUGAGUAAUUCUAGUAAAUUGACAUCAUGGCAAAUACUUUUCAUGGCAAAAAUCCUGGAGGUGUAUUUCUGACAAUGUCAGGUCAUUAUCUAGGGUUGAGAUCAUGCGAACUUAUCAAGAAAUUGGAAGAGAAUCCUGAGAUUGAUUCUUUCAGUUUGCAAGCGUUGGGUUCUUAUUGUAUACAAAAUGUAAUGCAUGGUUUGAAGAAUUCUCAAGUAAAAACGUUGAGUUUCCAUGCAUGCUUCAUGGGUAAUGACGGAGCACAAAUCUUGGCUAAAGAUCUUCAGUUAACAAAUAUUACGUUUCUGGACAUUAGCAACAACCAAAUAAGAGGAGACAAUGCCACCUAUCUGUCGGAUAUUGUACAAAAUACCAGUAUAAAUUAUCUUGAUAUUUCUUGGAACUUUUUACGCGAUGAAGGAAUAAAAUAUCUUGCUAAAGGCUUGAAAAAUAGCAACGUUAUCACUCUUAAUUUAGGGAAUAAUCGUACAAGUCACGGAAUAAAAUACUUGGUGGAUGUUCUGCCUUACACAAAAAUCACUCGUCUGGAUCUGAAUGAACAUUAUGAAAGUGCUGGCAAUUUCAAUGAAAUAGGAGAUGAAGGGGCCGAAUAUCUAUCUAAGCAACUAGAGUAUACAAACAUUUCUCAUCUCAAUUUGGAACGCAAUGGAAUUACUAAUUAUGGUGUGAAAUGUUUGUCAGAGCAUUUGGAAAGAACUUGUUUAACAUUCCUUGGUCUGAAAUUCAAUUUCGACUUGGAUGAGAGUGCAACGCGUUAUUUGAGGCCAAUCCUAUCAAAAACUCAAAUAACUGGAAUCACAUAUCCAUAUAUUAAUGAGGAUACUCGUAUUUAUAUGAAUAAGUUCAACAGUAGCCUUUAUCCAUCACCAAAUAAAACAAGACAAUCCAAGAUAAAUGAAAUGAUUCUGAAACUGGUAGCACAAAACCCUCACACUCAUGAUUUGGAGUUUAUUAUACCUGAUAGAAUACAAGAUAUCGAUUUAUCAGAAUACGUCUACAUAAUAAAGCAAUUCAAUGAAAAACCCAUGAUAAGAGGGUAUAUGUUUGAUUUGAUCAGAAAAAACAAUUGUGAGAGCUAUCCGCAGAUUAUUGAGAAAGUCAACGAGUUUGUUACAUCAAUCCACAAAAAAUCGAUUGAUCUAAUUGAGAACAUGUUGUUACGUUUGAUGGAAUAUUCAAAUAACAACGACUUUGUGUAUAUUGUCAGAGAAUUUGAAUAUGCAGAGUUGGGUGAAAUAGUGCAACAUCUACUAUUGCAUAGGGUUUUGUACUAUGUGGACGAGGAUGCAGAAAUUCUGCAUCCAUUCAUCUAUAAGAUGUUGAUUAAAUAUGGAAUGCCACUGUAUAAUGAGCAAAUUGAACCUGAUAAGAAAGAAAAGAUCAUUGCUUUUUUUGAAAGCCAUAGGGAAAUCGAGGAGGCACCGGAAAUAAUUCAUUUAUUGAAAACAAAAUCUUGAGAAUUGACUGAAUACUAUUUGUUAUACUAAUUGUUAUUGCAUAUUUUAUUAUAGAUAAGGGAGUUAUAGAAGUUAUAUUAUUCAAUUAUUGGGGUAACGUUGAAACAUGACAGAAAAAGUUUUAUAGUUAAAGUUACUUCUGGUGCAGUUUAAAAGAAAGUGUACAGCAAAACGAAACUGUCUGCUUGAUUUUUUCAGUGCAAGAGCCUGUUAUAUUGAAUAGAAUGAGUGAAAAUAAAAUUAUUGUUAAAAAAAUGAAUAAAACUGAAAUGUUUAUUGAAUAAAUCAACAUGGUGUAUGUGAUUGCAAUCUUCAAUCGCUGGGUACUAUCCAGCUAUAUUUUUCUACUUUAAAAAGCCAUGUUAGCCUAUUUCAUAUUUUCUAUUAGCUAAAAGAAUAAUUCUUCUUACAAUCACUAUUGUUCUCUACUAAAACAAAUCACACUCCAAUACAACUGAACAGAACACAUACAUUAAUUACAACAAGAAUAAUACAGUAACUCAAUACACAAUUUAUUCGAAUUGACACAACAAAUGCAAUUCGCUCUACACAUCAUGUUGGGAUAACAAUAGAUCCAAGCUGAGAUGUAUUUAGUGUGUUAAAUAUUGUAUGGAAAUUUGUUUUACAGUAUUACAUUAAUCAAUUAAAAUCAAUUGUAUUGCAAGUAUUGUAUGAGUUGUAUAGUUUUAAAUUUAUUUCGAAACGCAGAGUGAGUUCGGUGAAUUGAACAAAACUGAGAACUAAUAAAAUGAUAGAGUCAAAUUUUAAAAUUACCAAUUUCCAAUCGUGGAAAUGGUUGUUGGUUGAACAUUUUACUCAUAUUAUUAUAUUCACACUAUUUUACAUAUUUAUUUUCUACAUUUGCAUCCAAGUACAGUACCAAACUUUCCAUUUCUAUCUAUUUUAUAUUUAUUUCUGAUUCUCUAAAUUCCCCGGUUCAACAUGUUCGCAUCUUAUUUUCUUUAUUAUUUCUUAUAAAGAAGAUCAUACAAUUACUGAAAUAAUUGUAAAUCGUAUGUUAAAAAAAUGUUUAUCGCAUGUUGAAAAAAUCUAUAAGUUAACCU